ACUGUGGCUAUUCAGUGAGUUGGGGACUUUCGUUUACAGUUCUGCUGCUGGAGACCUAUAACUGCACAUGGUUUUUAAAUGGAGCAAAGUCAGAAAAAUGAAAGCAAAGGGUUAUACUGUUGAGAGGCAUACUUGUGCAUUCUGUAGCAUUUAUUUCACCAGUAUUGAAAGAACAUGAUUUUUUAAAGCAUUACUGUGGUGACAGAGGGAAGCCUUUGCCCUGUUGCAAUUGUGUUUUGGGGGAUGGCAAUACUGUGUUCCUCCUAGUCUAUUCUCUGAAUUAAAAAACUUAACUAGCAAUUAAUGUCUCUUCCCCCCACGUAUUUUUAGAAUGCUGACUCCCAAAUGGCGAGUCCCAAUACUGGCUGCAAUCAGGUUUUGAAUGUUAUAGCGCAGCGAGCUAAGUGUAUUUUCCUUCAAGAUCAGUAAUUGUUUGGAACCUACUUGUCAGUUUUAAAGACAAAAAUAAGUUGGUAGGUCCCUCUAGUAAGACAGUUGGGACCCACUGUGUUAGUGUGCAGUAAGCCUUUAAUCAGUGACCACAGCCAUAUCCUUUGGGCAUAAGCACUUUGCUUGUCAGCAGUUUUCGGUGCUCUAGGAAUAUCAGAGUUGUUGCUGGCCUAUUAGUGAUCUUGGAAAGCGCUGAAGCCAUCCCUUCUGGGGGUGCUGCUGGGGGACCGUUCCUUGGCUUUUGCUGACACUAGCUUGUCUUAAUUCUCUGCUAUAAAUGUGAACUGAUGUUUUAUGCAUUUAACAAACAAGAACAUGGGCUGUGUGGGAGAGGCAUUUAUUAUGCCAUGUAAGUGCUGAUGAUGUGCCUGGUGGGAGGUGGAUGUAAAAACAUCCCUGUCUGGAUGCACAUAGUGACUCCUCUGUCCCUGACACAGUCCUGGCCACACCAGCAGAUUUUCUUCUUGCUUAGGGAAAAACCGUGGCUUCUGAACUAUUCCAGACAAGUAGCCAAAGAAUCUGACUGUGAAGGCUUGCGUGUUAUGACGACCCCCAACAAAGGAAACAAAGCCUUGAAGGUGAAGCGGGAGCCAGGUGAGAAUGGGACCAGCUUGACAGAUGAAGAGCUGGUGACCAUGUCUGUGCGGGAGCUGAACCAGCAUCUGCGGGGCUUGUCCAAGGAGGAGAUCAUCCAGCUAAAGCAACGCCGGCGGACCCUGAAGAACAGGGGUUACGCUGCUAGCUGCCGUGUCAAGAGGGUGACACAGAAGGAGGAGCUGGAGAAGCAGAAGGCAGAACUUCAGCAGGAGGUGGAGAAACUGGCCUCGGAGAAUGCCAGCAUGAAAAUGGAACUUGAUGCCCUGCGCUCCAAGUACGAAGCGCUGCAGAACUUCGCCCGGACCGUGGCCCGGAGCCCUGUCACCCCUGCCCGGGGCCCACUUGCCGCCAGCAUGGGGCCCCUUGUGCCCGGCAAGGUUGCCACCACCAGCGUCAUCACAAUAGUGAAAUCCAAAACGGACGCCCGGUCUUAGUGAAAGGAGCACUGCCUGGGCUUGUGUGUGCAGGGCAGUUAGGCACAAAGCUCAUCCGGAAUCCCCAAAGCACAACCCUCUCCCAGAUGGCCUAGCCCACACAGGCACACGCUGGCCUGCUUGUCACUGCAGUCCCUUUGUUUUUAGCUUUGUUCUGGUUGGUGUGACUGAUGGUAAUGCAACCCUUCUGUGUGAGCAGAACCUUCCACCCAGAGGUAUUCUGGGGACAGAGACUGAAGGACCUCGGUACUCUAGCCAAAGAGAUUCUCAGCAGCAUGGAAUAAAUUCUUGGGGAGAGAAAUCGCCCAAAGGGGGGAGGGCAGAGGUCAUAGAAAGUUGGAAGACCUGCUGUCAGUGAUGACUUAUACCAUUCUUCCAGGGUUGUGUGUCAGCUGUCCAGUCUGCUGCUUGUAAAUUGCUUGGUAUCAGUGGCUAUAAUGGGGGUAGUUUGUGUAACCAUGUUUAUAUUAACAUCUAGUUGCGCCUUUUAUGUUUAAAGGUGGGAUUCCUUAGGACUUUUCCUAAAAGGGAAGGGAAGGGGCAAAACUGCAGUUUCCUGGUGUCUGUGCUGCUGAGAAGGGAAAGGAGCCAGGAAUGGGCACUGUUGUAGCCUGCCUGUCAGGUAAAAGGCAGGUUCUACCGUGGUGACUACAGGCCGGUUUUGUGCCUAAUGUGUUGCACUGAACAAGACCAAAAUCACUAGUUGUUUCCUGUGUUUGGAGAGUAUCAAGUGUCUCUAGUGUGAUGGUUUACACAAGUCUAUGUGGUUUUAAAUAGCCCUUUAUUUAAGAGAGAAACAUUCAUUUGAAAGAAUUCUUAAAUGAUCUAAGUCUCAAAACUAAAACUGGAUGAACAACUUGGAUUUAAUAGUCUCCUUUUUAACCUGAGAAGGGUGAGAAUAUUUGACUGUCAUAUUCCUGGAGACUUUGCUAAUUUAAAAGAAAAGAAAAAGAAAAGAAAAUUUUAAAAGUUUCUCGCUAAGUCUUUGUGGCUCCAAGGUUGUUUUUUUAUAAAGAGUUAUCAGACUUUUAUUUAUAAAUAAUGUAGGGGGGGGGAGACAAAAAAAGGCUAGUCCUGUUUGAUAUCUUUUUGCAAUUGUACCAAAAGUGACUUAUUCUUGAACUCCUCACCCGCUUCUUUUGUGCUCCUGUUGUGUUUAGUUGUCUGUGCUCUGAGGUCUUGUGUGGCGCUGUGAUGUGAUGGUGCCAAUGGCCAUCUUUGCUGUGUGGAUGUCCUGUGAGCAUUCUUUUUUUUUUUUGCUUUUCCUGGGCUGAGGGCAGGGCUUUCUUGGGCAUUUCCCAAUGACCUUCUGACGAUCCUCUCAUUAGAAGGUUUAUCUGUUUAUGAUGGCCUCACUUCCUCGGCUGCUGAAGUCUGAGGUAAAUUGGUGUUGCUGAAACUGAAUAAAUCAGGCAUAGGCAAACUCGGCCCUCCAGUUGUUUUGGGACUACAACUCCCAUCAUCCCUAGGCUAACAGGACCAGCGGUCAGGGAUGAUGGGAGUUGUAGUCCCAAAAAACAUCUGGAGGGCCGAGUUUGCCUAUGCCUGGCAUAAAUUAUAACUGGCAGACACUCUUGCCUUCCCCCAUGCCACUUUGCAUCACAGAGUUUGCUUUCCUGUGGAUACUGGGUCUCCAAUGGUCAGUCCCAACAUGUCAAAAAAGGUUGGGUAGAGGAGGCCACCGCCCAUGCUGCAGCAACAUGAAUCAGUUAGUGGAGCUGGCAAUGUAACUAACUCCAGUAUUUCCUAGGGUUGGGCCACAGGCUGCAUACAUCUAGGUUCAUUCCUUGGGAAGAAUUAUUUUGCUGUCAAUGCUACCAUCAACUUACCUCCUGGCUGUUGUUUUCUAUUCUUGGGCAUGUUGAGAAGUACUUGGGAAGCGCCAAUGGAAACUCCAUAGAGACUCAGUGUGAUUGUCAGUGUGACCCAGGAAAAUCCAGCUUUACUAUUUAUUCUCUGGAUACUCAUAAAGUGUUGUUGGAAGCCUGGUCACGAGGUUCUCCAAAGGAGAACCUUCUGGCAGCCUGCUCUUUUCUGAGAGGAGGAGUUGCCCUGCCUUCUGUGCUGCUACCCAGAAGUGUUUGGUUCACAGGGAGCAGGUGGUCAUCCCUUUAUCAAGAAGAGCAUGUUGGGACUUUGGCAGUAUAUAUUUGUCAGGCUGUCUCUCUAGGUGUGCACUUAAAACUUGGGGCUUUGCCUAGAAAACAGUGUUCUUCAGAGCAAGCACAGCUAAUGAGUUCUAGUCGAGAACACAUUCAGAAAUUUUGACUGAAGCAGCAUAAGAAUAGCACUAUAAUUGGCAGACACUAGAACCCUCCAGCUGUUACGAUAUUGCCAGCAGGAUCGAGAAACUUGCAUAGCUCAGGCUGGGCAGUACAGAAUCCGGUGGCUUUUCAAACUGACAUUCUACUAGAUUUGGCCUUCACGGCUAAAGAGAAAAACUUAAUGGCCAAUUUUGAAGCAAAGAGGUCAAAUUCGUAUAAGCUGAAGGGCCAAAUUCUUACCCAGCAGAUACCCAGGGACAGCACUCAACAAUUUCCAUUGAAAAUGUUUUUCCCAUUUCAAUUUGCUGAAAAUUAAUUCCCCGGAGUCAUCUUCCGAAUAACCCACUCAGUGUGAGAAUUUCACUGCCUAGAACAUCUCCUAGGUGCAAGAAAGAAAUAAAGCUUUAAAUGAGGAUUAGUUGUCGAAAGUCCUCUUCUUGAGCUCUCUCCAACUGCAAGCUUGCUGUUUGCAAUGUAAAGACAGGGCUGCUCUCUACCACCAGUGGUUCUUGUAAAUAUCGCAACCAUUCUUUCGACAUGGCAACCUGGGGUGCUUUUCUGCUGCCCUUUGAAUGUGUGGACUGCAAAUAUGCAGUUGGCAGUACAGGAACAAGGAAGAGCAAAUGGUAAAAAAGUGUGGAAGGUGUGUGUUUAAAUAAUAAAAGAGCUCUGGUGUGGAUGUACACUUAGCUUUGAUGGAGAUUCCACCAAAAAUUAUAUUGGCUACUCCAUACUGCAAAUUUAGAAAGAAUAGGUAAGAGGCUGCUAUUGGCAAGGCAGCACCUUUCCCCUACUAAGGCUGUUAGGUGUCCGACCUGAAAAUGAUUGAAUUGUAUGGAGCAUGUUAGGGCUGCUGUGGGUCAGAUGUGAGCUUGUAAGGUCUGGUAAGGCUCCAGGGAUUUAUGUCUCUCACUCCUGGUUUAAAAGGUUUAGAAAUCAUUGGAGGAUUGAUUAUGUAGGAUUGCUGGGUCCAGAGCUGUCCUACCUUUUAUUGUUUUUUAAUCCUUCUACCUCUCUGUACAUCUUUCCCUCCCAUCUUCAGGCUGUGCAUAUUUUCUUCCCCUUAUUGCCUUCCAUUUUCUAGUCCUUGCCAAAGAAAUCCAAAUUCUGUGAAAACCAAACAGUUGUAAUCUGAGGAAGCAAUAUUUAUGCAAACUUGUCAAACUGAGAAACCACAAUAGCAUGUAACUUGGGUUUCCUGGUCACCAAACUGACAAGCGAGAGGUGGGAUGUGUGUGUGAAGUGAAAUCUUAGGUCACGUCAUAGCUGGCUUUUGAGAGUCACGUGAAGGGCAGUUCCAUGGGCUGCCAUGCUCCCUUGAUGAGCAACAACUCUUGAAUGCCAGCUGUCUGACCUCUGCCUGCCUCUCCAUUGGCAUUGGUGUGCUUCUCUGUACUGUAUACUGCUCCAUGGAAAGCAGGGCGACGACACCUUUGGUGGUAACUUUGAUAUUUAAACACAGCUUGUAUGAGAAAGUGAUUGAGUGGGGCUGUCUUUCUGGGGUAGAAGUUUCUUUUCAACAUACCUUGUUGACUCUUAUCAUGGACAUAUUGUCCAGAACAGUUCUUAACAGCUUGCUGGAGUUGGCCGGGCUUCCAUUGCUGCUUCCUCUUAAUGGGUUGUCUACUGUUUCCAUCUAGAUCUUGGAUAGCAAGAAGGGCUCCUACUGAAAGUCUCUCCUCUAGAGUUGCAACUCGUGCCCUUUCCGAGGCCUAAAGAGGCGAGACGCUGUCCUCAGCUGGGUUUGUUGGAAGAAGUUGCAGGUGCAUCACCUUGAAUACAGCAGGUGUGUUAUCAGGCAUGUUCUGGCUUUGGAAAGUGGGAAGGAUUGAAAUGAAAGUGAUGAAUCUUCCAACACUCAAGGGGCCCUUCAAACCUCCCAUCUUCCUUCACCCAGUUUCAGUCCGUCUCCUACUGUUUAUGAGUUCUUUCCAUCCCAGGUGCCCCUCUCAAGCCCUUCCCCUUGAUUUCUCUUUCUGGUAUAUAGAAUUCGGAGUGUGAUGGUUCUUGUUUUCGAGGUGCUUGUUUGUUUGGUUUUUCUGCUGUGAAGGGUGUUGUGUGUUUAUUUCUCCUUUUUUAUUAUGGGGCAUUUUGUUUGAUGCAACAGGUGGGGAGCUUUGCUUUCUACUUAGCUGCAGAGCAAAUACGUGAAGUAUAAUUCCGCCCACAUGUGGCUGGCUUGUGGCGGGGAGGGGGAGGGGGGCUUGUUUUAUGUCGUGGUGAAUUGUGUAAAAGUGAUCUCUUUGAUUAUGGAACAAUUAUUUUGCUUUGGAAAAAGCAAGCAAGACUGCAGGCUAGGACUAGGGUAUUUGACACUUAGGCAUGGGUGGAGAUUGCUCAGCGUUUGCGCAUUGUGCCCUCAGGUUGGAUAGCUGGGAGUGUGUGAGUGCAUAGAUACAUGGACACACACAUCACAUGCAUUCAUGCUUAAAAGUCAUGCAUUCCUUGUGUCAGAUGUUCCUUUUUGCAUCUCUUGUGCCCUUGGCACACUCCAGAGAUGUUGCAAGUUGGCCUUGGCAGGGGGUUGGAUUAGAUGACUUUUGAGGUUCCUUCCAAGUCUAUGAUUCUACGCUUUCUUCAUAUGUUACCUUUAAACAGGAUUGGCAUCCUGUGUAUUGAUGAAGCUACACUCAGAAUUGUAGCUGAGCUCCAGCGGCAUCUUUCCUUCCUUCCCACUGGAAAACACAAGCACUUAUUGACAGCCCCCCUUUCUUUCUCUCUCACACACCCCUUCCUGAUGUCUCAAGCUAUAUUUUGUCAGAAAAGAUGCUAAUGCACAGGAAGGUCAUUUCCUGUUUGAUAACAUUGCUGCUUUCUUUGAUACCUGCAGUAGCAGGUAGCUGUGGCUGCUAAAACAGAGGUUCUUCCCCAUGUUGAGAGACCAGGACAGUAUCUCAUGGCAGUCUUGCUGUGAACGUCAGGCAGGUUCUUCCAAGAGAUGAGGAUUUAUGUUAUCCUCUCCCGCUAUCUGAUGUAUACAAGCUUCGGACACUUGUGGCUGUCACCUGUAUGAACACUGAGCAGUUGAAGUGAAUAGUCUCCUCUUUCCCAAUGAAGGUAUGUUACUGUCUGGCUAAGGUAUGUUACUGUCUUGCUGAGGCAAGGGGGGUUGUUAUCUUCAGAGAGUUCCAAAACAAAUCCUACUUGUCGUUGCUCUUGCCCUCACCUGCAGUUUGUUCUGAGUUUAUUACACCCUUUGCCAAAAUGGAAUAUUAUGGAGAAAAACAAUACAAAUAAGAAUAUUCAGAGCACUUAAUGAGACGAGCUAAGGACUUUUCCUCCCCACCCUCCAGAUGUUGAGGAUAGUCCUUACAACAUAUUGAUAAAAGAAAUACACUGCUGCUUUAAAAUGUUUCUUAAAAGGGGGGAAGAGGAGUAUUUUGAUAAAUAAAUAAAUAAAAAACUCUCAGUCUCCAAAGCUAAUAAAACUGGAGAUUAAUUCUAUGUGCCAGGGGUGUAAUAGUAUAUUGUCAAGUCCUGGGGCUCUUCUAUACAAUGGGAGAGCCCAAAGAAUUAAUCAGUAUUUAUUGCUAAAUUAUUGUCCUUUUUCAAUCUGUAGAUAUCUGAUAACUGUUGGGGAUUUGUUGCCACAGCCCCAGUGGAGGUGUUGUUAAUUUAUUUAUGUAUAUAGUGUAUGUUUGUUGAUAUGAAGCAUUCUUUAUUUUGUAUAUGACCAAUAAACAUCUUUAAAGAG